AUGAUGUGGACAGUCUUCAGCCUGGUUCUCGUCAGCUCCCUUUUUGUACUCAAAAGCGAAGCUCUCCAGUGUUACACCUGUGUAGGUUCUAGUGAUGACGACUGUAACAGGCAAGGAACCCAGCAAUGCCCGGGUUAUUCAGAUGCGUGUGCGAUCAUUAGAGGACAAGCGAGUGGUGUUAUGAAGUCCUGUUCGUUCAGGUCCUUCUGCGAGCGGGCAAGGCGGGACGGGUCCAGAGCGCCCGGCGUGAGCGUUUACUGCUGCUACUCGAACCACUGCAACGCGAAAGGCUUGGCCUCGAGAGUCACCACCUCCACCAGCUACUUCUUCCUCCUCGUCUUUACGUUGCUGUUGCACCCGUUGUUGAAGUUGACAUGA